AUGGAUAGCAAAAAUAUUCAGAAAAGUGCGAUGCACAAAAGUGCGGAGUUUACUUUCACUCCUCCGCCAGAAGCUCCUGUAUUUGAACCUACCUUAGAAGAAUUUGCAGAUCCCCUGGCAUAUAUUGCUAAAAUACGCCCUGUAGCUGAGAAAACGGGAAUAUGCAAAAUUAAGCCUCCAUCUGGAUGGCAGCCACCUUUUUCUUUGGAUGUUGAUAAAUUAAAAUUUGUUCCACGAAUACAAAAAGUUAACGAAUUAGAGGCGAUUACUCGUUUGAAACUUCUUUUUCUCGAAAAAAUAUUAAAAUUUUGGGAAUUACAAGGUUCGCCAUUAAAAAUACCAAUGAUCGAAAAUAAAACUUUGGACUUGUAUUGUUUAAAGUUUUGGGUAGAUGAAGAAGGUGGAUUUGAAAAUUGCAACUCUCCAAAAAAAUGGCGUAAGAUUGCAAAUUCCAUGGGUUACAGUCAAAAUGCUAACACUAUGAAUUUUCUUAGGAAUAAUUAUGAAAAAAUAUUACUUCCAUAUGAAAUUUUUGAAAAAAGUAAGGUUGCUAUACUGAAAACUGUCAAAAAAGUUGAACACAAAUCUGAGCUAAACAAUGACAAAGAAUCAAAUACACACCAAAUAAAAGAAGUUUCAAUAGAAUCUAUAACAAAUGUUAAAAGUGAGUAUAUAAAAGAAGAAAAACCACAUACUAGCAUAAAGAAAACCAAAACAGGUUCUGAUAUAAAGCCUACUACUACUGGUGAGAAUAAAGAUGUUGAAACUGUUAAGCGUAGUAGGGAGUUAAGGCGUUUAGCAUGUUAUGGACCUGGUCCAAAAAUGCCAGGACUCAAUGAUGAAGAGUUUGAUAUAACUAAGUCUAGGAAGAGACCUAGAUAUGAUUUAGAUCCACUAGCAGAUUAUACAUGUGCUAUUUGCCAAAAGGAUCAUAGAGAUGACUUGCUUUUAAUAUGUAAUGGAUGUUCUGAUACAUACCACACAUUUUGUCUAAAACCACCAUUAAAUGCUGUACCUGAUGGUGACUGGCGUUGUCCAUGCUGCAUUGCAGCCGUAGUUCACAAACCAGCAGAGGCUUUUGGUUUUGCUCAAGCUGAAAGAGAAUAUACUCUGCAGCAGUUUGGUGAAAUGGCUGAUAAAUUUAAGUCAGAUUAUUUUGGGAUGUCGGGCCAUCUUGUGCCUACAAAUGUUGCAGAAAAAGAAUUCUGGAGAAUAAUAUCAUCAGUUGAAGAAGAUGUUACAGUGGAGUAUGGGGCUGAUCUCCAUUCCAUGGAUCAUGGAUCAGGAUUUCCUACCAGAUCAUCUUUAAAUCUCUAUCCUGGGGAUCAGGAGUAUGUAGAUUCUGGUUGGAAUUUAAACAAUCUUCCAGUAUUAGAUGGUUCAGUGCUAAGAUUUAUCAAUGCUGAUAUAUCUGGUAUGACAGUACCUUGGAUGUAUGUUGGUAUGUGUUUUUCAGCAUUCUGCUGGCAUAAUGAGGAUCACUGGAGUUAUUCUAUUAAUUACUUGCAUUGGGGUGAACCUAAAACUUGGUAUGGAGUUCCAGGUAGAGGAGCAGAACUAUUGGAAAAUGCUAUGAAAGCUGCUGCCCCAGAUUUAUUCAAGACUCAACCAGAUCUACUUCAUCAGCUUGUUACAAUAAUGAAUCCUAACAUUCUAAUGGCAGCUGGAGUGCCAAUAUACAGAAUCGAUCAAAAUGCUAGUGAAUUUGUUGUCACUUUUCCAAGAGCUUAUCAUGCUGGUUUCAAUCAGGGAUAUAACUUUGCAGAGGCAGUUAAUUUUGCUCCUCCAGACUGGUUAAAAAUUGGAAGAGAAUGUAUAAGCCACUAUAAAAAUUUGAAGAGGUUUUGUGUCUUUUCUCAUGAUGAACUUAUUUGUAAAAUGGCUCUUGAGGGUGAUCGCUUAGAUUUGGAAACUGCUUUGGAAACACAAAAAGAACUUGUAAAUGCCACAGAAGAAGAGGGACGUCUAAGAACACUAGUAGCUAAAAAAGGAUUGAAAAAUGUACAAAGAACAGCAUUUGAAUUGCUAGGUGAUGAUGAAAGGUUAUGUGAAGUGUGUAAAACAACAUGCUUUUUGUCCUCUGUAUCAUGUGUAGAAUGUAAGCAAAUGGCCUGUUUAUUACAUGCAGAUGAACUAUGCAAAUGUGCAUACAACAAAAAAACCUUAUUUUAUAGAUAUGACAUGGAUGAAUUGCAUAUAAUGUUGCAAACAAUUGAUUUCAGGGUUAAUAGUUUUGAUAAAUGGAUGACUGAAACAAAAAACAUCCUUUUGCCGACAGCUCCAGACAUAGGUAGGUUGCAAAAACUGAAAUGUUUGGUAGAUGAGGCAGAAGAAUUAAAAAUACCAAAGUGCACAUUACUAACACAGUUGAAGGAGGAGUUUACAAAGGCUACUAAGAAUGUAGAAACUAUAGUUAUAGAGUUAGAUGAUGAUUAA